GGCGCGUUCAUGUUCCUGCGGACUCGUGGGCUAACUUGCUCUGGGAACUAGCACCAUGGCGUCCGGCUGCAAGAUUGGCCCGUCCAUCCUCAACAGCGACCUGGCCAGCUUAGGGGCCGAGUGCCUCCGGAUGCUGGACUCGGGGGCCGACUAUCUGCACCUGGAUGUAAUGGACGGGCAUUUUGUUCCCAACAUCACCUUUGGUCACCCUGUGGUAGAAAGCCUCCGAAAGCAGCUAGGCCAGGACCCCUUCUUUGAUAUGCACAUGAUGGUGUCCAGACCAGAACAGUGGGUAAAGCCAAUGGCUGUAGCAGGCGCUAAUCAGUAUACCUUUCAUUUAGAGGCCACUGAGAACCCAGGGGCUUUGAUUAAAGACAUUCGGGAGAAUGGAAUGAAGGUUGGUCUUGCCAUCAAACCUGGAACUACAGUUGAGUACUUGGCACCCUGGGCUAAUCAGAUAGACAUGGCCUUGGUUAUGACAGUGGAACCUGGGUUUGGAGGGCAAAAAUUUAUGGAUGAUAUGAUGCCAAAGGUUCACUGGUUGAGGACUCAGUUCCCAUCUUUGGACAUAGAGGUCGAUGGUGGCGUAGGUCCUGACACUAUCCAUAAAUGUGCAGAGGCAGGAGCUAACAUGAUUGUGUCUGGUAGUGCCAUUAUGAGGAGUGAAGACCCCAGAUCUGUGAUCAACCUGUUAAGAAAUGUUUGCUCAGAAGCUGCUCAGAAACGCUCUCUUGAUCGAUAAAACCACAAGGAAUCUAAUGUUUCUUCUUACAAAAUCUCUCAACUAGAAAAAAAGAAUAUUGACUACUAAAUCAUAAUCGCAGUUGAGACAGUGCUGCUUUUCUGAGCAAUUAAUUCAUUCAGGUGACUAAAAUCUAUUCUACAGAAUGUUCCAAGAAAUUAGAAAUUGGUGUGUACAACUACUUUUAAGUGAUGAAAUUUAAAGAUUACUGUGAUAAAAUUUUCAUUUUUACUGGUAGACUUGAUUUUUAUAAUGAGUAAAAGUAUGACUAUUAAGGUUUGUUACAGAAAUGUGUUAAUGCCUGAGGAAGGCUUAUGUAUGAUGAGAAAAUGUUUGUCUGCAUUUUCAAAAGAAUUUUCUAUUGUUUUCUGCUAUUUUCCAAAAGCAAUGGAAUCUCUUGUUUUUCCUGUUCCGUAUAGUUUUAUUUGUGUAUAUAUGUGAUAAUAUCAGAAAUCUGUUUGGAUUUGGCUUGUGACUUCCAAAGCAUCUAUUUUCAUUUGCACCUGAUUUUUUUUUAUAUACUUAGACUACAAAAACAAUGUAUGAAUUGCAGAGAUUUUCAGAUGGUCUGUUGUACAUACAAGUACAGAUGUUAUUAGAAUAUUUUGUUUUGUUGGAGGGAUGGGUUAUUCAGUGGGCAUCCUUUUCAGAGUCACACUAUUCCUAAGGACAUAAAGUAGCUCUGAAAAGAAAGGAAGCUUCUAUUCGGAAAUAAUAGUGAUUGAUCUUGACUCUUCCUUUCUAGUUAUUUGAUGUUAGCAAAUCAAAACCAGAUUCUUUCAGCUUCUGUUUACUGAUUCAUAUGUUGAUUGUAAAACCAUACAAGGAUUAAAAGUGAUAUUACAAGCUUUA